GCCACACGAUUGGGCCAUACGCAGCUUGAAAUGUUUGGACGUGGUGUUGGAAUGCACGAGACGGAUGCGCUGAGGUUCAUCAGGAAACUUGUGAUUGAUGGAGUUAUCGUGGAGCGCCUUUACAAUACGAAAUUCGACACAACAGUGGCGUAUGCGGAAUUAACACAGCUUGGCCGAGAGUUGGCCAGUGGGCGAACUCGAAUGAAGGUAUAUUUGCAUGUAUCAAAUCAACCAAACGAUCGGCGUCGAUCUGGUGUAUCUGAAAUUGUAGCGCUAAUGCCAAUAAAUCGAGUGAGCGAAGUUCAGGCUUUGAAAGAGAAAUACAUGGUAAAACACGCGGACCUAUUCAACAAAUGCCGGAAAGAUCUGCUGCGACUGUUUUCCGAAAUUGCUUCGGCCGAAGGAAUGAGCAGUCAUCUGCCAAUCUUAAGCUCAGAAGGUCUCGAACAAAUUGCUGCACUCAUGCCACGUACGUACUCCGAUCUGCAGCAAAUUGAUGGUAUGACAGCACGCAAGGUAGAGCGUUAUGGAGAGAAA